GAAACUUUUCUAAUCUAAAAAAGUUUUUAAAAAAAAUUAAAAAAAUGGCUUUAUUUAAAUUUAAGUGUUCAUCAGUGUUACUAAUAAUAACAAUAAUCCUAACAAUAAACAAAGUGAAAUGCAGUGAAAUUUACGCAAAAAUGUUUUCAAGCCAAGCAAUGCCCGCGGAUCCAUGCUACGACGAAGAGCGUCCGCGGCGUUGUAUCCCCGACUUUGUAAAUGCAGCAUUCGGCCGCUCCGUCGAAGCAUCAUCAACCUGCGGAACAGGCGGCCCUACGCGCUACUGCGACGUGCAAGAGCCGCACGGAGCUUCAGGAGUGGGGCAGUGUCACGUUUGCGACGAUACAACUCCGCGUCGACGAUUUCCCGCGAGCCACUUAACAGAUUUAAACAAUCCGAACAAUGUAACUUGUUGGCGAAGCGAGCCGCUUGUAUCUUCCCAAAGUUUCAACGCUCCGCCCGAUAACGUCACUCUGACCUUAUCUUUAGGCAAAAAAUACGAAUUGACUUAUGUGAGCUUGCAAUUUUGCCCCAAAGCGGCUAAGCCGGACUCGAUAGCGAUCUACAAGUCGACGGAUUACGGAAAAACCUGGCAGCCGUUUCAAUUUUACUCCUCCCAGUGCCGGAAAGUGUACGGCCGGCCGAAUCGUGCGACAAUCACGAAGGCUAACGAGCAAGAGGCUCGCUGUACGGACAGCCACAGGUUCACUGGAGGGGAUGGCCUUGGCCCGGCCGGACGGAUCGCAUUUAGCACUCUGGAGGGGAGACCUUCCGCCGCGGACUUUGACAAUUCUCCUGUGCUCCAAGAUUGGGUCACUGCCACAGAUAUUAGGGUGAUUUUUAAUCGAUUGCACAUUCCGCAGCCGGAAUUAAUGAGUGCGGAGGAUUUGGGGAUCGAGGAACUGACCAAACGGGAGAGGGAGAGGGAGGAGAGGGAGAAGAUGAAGAACCUGAAUCAUAAGAAUAAUCUCCUGCAUGGAUCUGGGAUGGAUCAGGUGACUGUUUUGCCCUCGGUCCAUCAGAUUCUGGCCCCCCAGGCGCAAAUGCACUCGAAUGACGCGAUGGAUAUUGAGGAAAUGGGGUUCCAGCCCGAGGUCCCGCCGACUACUAUCGUUAUGGCCGGGGCUGGGACGGCUAUGGCUCAUCAUUACGCGGUUUCGGACCUCGCGGUCGGCGGCAGGUGCAAGUGCAACGGACAUGCCUCCAGGUGUGUCAUGGGCAAGGAUAACGAGGUGGCUUGUGAGUGCAAGCAUAACACCGCGGGAAGAGACUGUGAGAGGUGCAAACCCUUUCAUUUUGACAGACCUUGGGCCAGGGCUACUGCUAAGGAUGCUAAUGAGUGUCAAGUAUGCAACUGCAAUCUUCACGCCCGAAAAUGCCGUUUCAACGUAGAACUGUACAAGUUGUCGGGGCGUGUAAGCGGAGGCGUAUGUCUGUCAUGUAGACACUUUACUGCAGGAAGACACUGCCAUUACUGUCGUGAGGGCUACUACAGAGAUCCGACAAAACCGAUCACCCACCGCAAGGCUUGUAAACCGUGUGAUUGUCAUCUGAUUGGAGCAUCUGGAAAAACAUGUAAUCAAAGUACGGGUCAGUGCCCUUGCAAAGAUGGUGUCACCGGUACCACCUGCAAUAGGUGCGCCAGAGGUUAUCAACAAAGCAGGUCCCAUAUUGCACCGUGUGUCAAAAUUCCACAAGUGAUUCAGACUCAGGGAAUCGCGGGUGAAGAUAAUGGAGAACAUGAUUAUGAUGAUGGGGAAGCCGACGAUCGGGGUUACGAUGGACGAGCUGAACGUUGCGGAAAAUGUCCAUCAACAACACGAAGAUUAAAUCUGAAUAAAUAUUGCAAGAGGGAUUACGCAAUUCUCGGUAGAGUUACCGGAAGAUACAAGAGUAAUGAGGUAUCAAGUGGUAGCGCUACAGGCAAUUCCUUUGCCAGAUUCACACUAAAUGUUGAUUUGAUCUACAAACGAAACGAGGAUUCCAAGAUUAAACGCGGUCCCAUUCCACUCUACGUACACACCGAGGAUCUCGCCUGCAGAUGCCCCAAAAUCAAGCCCAACAAGUCUUAUUUAUUCUUGGGGCAAGAAGUUGACGGAAUUGGCAAAAACGGACUAACAGUAACGCCAAAGUCAAUCGUUAUUGAAUGGCGAGAUGAGUGGCACCGUCGAAUGCGUCGAUUUCAACGCAGAUCACGCUCUUGUAAUUAAAUUAUUUAAUAACAAAUCCAUUGCGAGCAACCAAUUUUUCUUAAAAUUAUAAUUUAUUAUUAUUUUAAUUUAACGAGACAUUUGAAGUGAAUUCUUCCAAAAAAAAAGCUUGAGUCUCGAGUUUUAUUUUUCGACAUUUUUUUUAACGCUCUUCGUACAUAUCUAAAUUAUAUAUACGGUAAUGUAGGCUGUAAGUUAUUGACUUAAGGAUUUUAAAUUUAAUUAUUUAAUUAUGCGUCGAUAAAUAUCGAUACUGUCUAGUCGAUAAAUAAUUGUACUAUUUUUUUUUUUUUUUUUUUUUUUUUAAUUAAUUAAUAUUAAUAUUAAAAAAUAUCGAUGACUAAAUUAAAAAGUGUAAAAUAAUUAAUUUUUAUUAAAAUUAAAAAAAGAAAAUAAUUGUCAGCACCGUUGGUAAUUUUUUAGUACUUAAAUUUGUCGUUACUCACGAGUAAAAUAAAGAGUUGAGAUUUUUUUCGAGUGAAACUAAUGAAAUAAAAUUAAAUGAAGGGAAAAAAAUAAUAAAAAAAAAAAAAAGAGG